AUGGCCCAAUCGAUCCAUGCGCGCCGAACUGGUCGUCUGGGCACCGAGGGUCCCCCGAAAUCUUUUGGCUUCUUUGCCCCCGCUCGGCCGCAAAACUGCUCCAAAACUGCCCCAAAACACUUCAGUCCCCCGCUGUCUGACUCUUGCUGCGAAUGCCAAGACCUGUGCCUGCCCCACCAGCCGUUGCUGGCCGCCCGCCUUCUGCUGAAAGUAGCGCUGCCGCCCGCGUUGCCUGCCCCGUGGCCGUCCACUCAAAAUUUCGUGGACCUUUUGAACUUCCGGUCGGCGAACGGCACGGGGAGCCACCUACUCAACGGCACUCGCGCACCGCGUACCACAGAGCCACGGCCUCUCCACUUCGACUCGUUUCCCCCAGGUCCGGCAUUGUGUGCGCCAACCGCCUCUUCCACCGGCCCAUCCAACAUCGCCUUUUCCUCCGUCGUCCACCUCCACGUCGUGACAGCUCCGAGGAGCAUUUGGCCCAACAAGAUGAGCCGCUUCUCUACCGGCCGCCUUCUGGCGCAAAGCCUCUUCCAGACAAUCAGCAAGCCCGCCGUCGUCCCAAGCGCUACGCCACUAUGGACGCGGGCGUUCUCUCAGACCCCCAUGCGGAAGGACGCCGACUCCGAAAGCUCAUCCAAGUUGAUGGAGUCUCUGACUCGGGGCAUUGUCGGCAUGGCCGCUGAUCCCUCCGAGUUGACCGGCGACAAGCUUGCGACCAACAUUGGAUUGAGGGACACCGAGGACGAGCCAUACCACUUUCACAUCUACGCACACAAGCACAACUGUCACAUUACCGUCACCAAGCCGAACCGCGACGCCAUCAUAUCCCUUUCGUGCGGCAACCUCGGCUUCAAGAAGUCCAACCGCAAACACUACGACUCGGCAUAUCAGUUGGGCGCCUACGUAGUGGACAAGAUGCAUCAGAUGAACCUGCACAACAAGAUCAAGAAGAUGGAGGUGGUCCUACGAGGUUUCGGCCCUGGAAGAGAGGCGGUCAUCAAGGUGCUUCUCGGAAACGAAGGAAGGAUGUUGCGCAACUCCAUCGUGCGUGUGGCCGAUGCCACGCGCCUUAAGUUCGGUGGUACAAGGAGCAAGAAGCCCAGACGUUUGGGUUAA